AUACUGACGUCAAUGAGGGGUGUGACUUCCCUCUAACAAGUCUGGGCAAAACAUCUGCGUGAUACAAUUGUUCAUUAUUGAACAUUGGACCAGACAAUAAUGUACCAUUAUUGGAUACGCGUAAUUACGAGUUAAAGAAUCAGUCUUAGUCUAGUAAUGCACUUUCACUUUUUGUAAUGAAUUCGUACACAACUCCAAGGGAGGAUCGAUUAGAUGACGGGUGUGAUAUAAGCGAUGCACAACUACUCAGUAAACAGUCGGAGCAUCUCGCCCCUCCUGACCAACCCAGUUUGACUCCUGCUGGUACCAGUCUGACUCCUGCUGGUGGUACCAGUCUGACUCCCACUGGUGGUACUAGUUUGACUCCCGGUGAUGGUACCAGUCUGACUCCUGCUGGUCUGAUUCCUGCUGAGGGUACCAAUGUGACUCCUGCUAGUGGUAGCAGUACCAGUUUGAGCGCUGGUGCUGAUCAACACUUUCCGACACUGGGUGUGUGUCUGGGCGAUGAUGCCCUGGCCCUUGCCAAGAAGGAGGAGAGAAUCAAUGGCCAAAUUAAGAAACGGGGUCACCUGGUCGUAGCCCUGUUCGAGAGGCUGAGCAACAAUAGGAGCACUGUUACCCUGUCUGUCCCAGACCAGAGUCCAAUGGAGAGGUUCAGUAAGCGUCACCUGAAUGUUACUCAGCUGUGUGAGCAGUCGUGGUGUGAGAUUAAAGUGGUCUAUGGGUUCCUCAAGCCUCACAUGAAGAGGAGAGAGAUGAGAAGAACUGCAGUGACGACAGGGGCCAGUAUUCAUCUCGCUAGAGAACUAGAGGCAAACCCGGAUGCUGUGACCGUGGUUGUUCAUACCAAAGAGGACAGGGAAGCCUUGAAACUCAUCAAACUGAUACAGAUGGUCCCAGCUCUGGAGUCAGGCCAGCUUGUGCGGGAGUUUCCAGUGUUAGGUGUGUUGGAUGGGGUGUUUUUCCUGGGUGUGGUUGAUGAGCUGUAUUGUAGUGAGUCUGGGGAACUGGUCCUGAGUGAACUGAAGACCCGCAGUCACAACUCCCUGCCUCACCCUGCCCAGGCCAAGGGACACUCUCUACAGGUAGGUGUGUAUAAGCUCCUGUUUGACUCCAUGGUCCAGGGUUCUAUGAAGAGGGAUCAGCUCCUCCACUACCUCAAGCUCCGGCCUCACCAGGCCUUUGGGUCAGAGCUCCAGAGCUAUGCCCAGAAAUUGGGCCUCCUGGCGGUCACCUUCGGAGAGCUCGUGGACCACCUGUUGGUUGUGCUAAAUUUUUCCAACCUCCAGCCCAUUGACAAGCUACGCCUGGAAUACAGACAUCAGAGCUCCGGAGGCCUCAUAGGAACCAGGGAGGUAGAGUUUGAGGAGACCCAGCUAAGGGCUGAGCUCAUGGGCUACCUGGCCUUCUGGAGGGGGGAGAGGGAGCCCCAUGGAGUGGAUAUUGAGGAUAUAGAAGAGGCUUGGAAGUGUAGGAUGUGCCCCUAUGAGGAGAGCUGUGAAUGGAGGAGGAGUAGGUUGCAAGAGGUGAUGGUUGAGGGCAGUAAGAAAGCCAAAUUGGAUGGUGCUAAAUCGGAGACUCCCAAUUCAAGUCAAAGGGUCCCAAAUUGAAGUUUGUCAGGUCUGAGAAUCCAAAAUGGGAUAGUCCAACAUUGGAUAGUCCAACAGUGGAUAGCUUGACAUUGGCUUGUCUUCCGUCAUGAUUUUAUGGGUUUACAAUAGGGUUGAAUAGCGGGAACCAGGUUACCGAGAUUUACUGAGAUUUCCUGCCCAAACCCACUCCCUUUUCCCUUGAUAAAUAACUGUGAGAAACCGGUAAAUUAUAAUACAUUAUUUCUAUGAACAGCAUGAUGUGCAAAGGAACUUUUAAAUUAUAUGUGACAGCGAAAAGCCUGGAUCUCAAUCCCAUUGAGCACGUCUGGGACCUGUUGCGAAAAGCCUGGAUCUCAAUCCCAUUGAGCACGUCU